AACAUUUAAUGAAUAAGUGUUGGGAAAGAGUUAGUAAUUCCCAUGAUUUUAUUGUUGUGUCAUUUUUGUUUCCUUGUUAUGAUUUUCCUCUGAAGUCUUCAGGGUGUUGGAAUAAUAAAUUGGAUUUAUCUUCAGUGGUCUAUAGCUUUUCUUUUACGGGGUUAUCAAGGAUGGGUUUUCCUACGGAUUCUUUGUCUUUUGUAAGUUAUGGGGACAUGUAUAUUUAUAUGGCGAGGAGUCAAGCUGAGCAUAGGACUCUGUCUUUCUGGCUUAUGGGGCUCUCAGGUUGUAGACGGCAAUAUAUUGAUAGAGAAACGAGGUAUGUUGGGUUUCAUCAUUCUGUUUUAAAAUAUAAUUUAGAACAAUGUUGGUGGCUAUGGAGUUGUGUUAAUGGGUCUAUUUGGAGCGUUCUAUUUUUGCAGUGUAACGGAAUGUUUCUCUUCUGGACAAGGCAUUUUGCCAUCACGAUAUUUAUUGAGAUUAUUAAGGAACAUCAACUUCUCCAGAUUGUAAUGAAACAUUUGAAUUGGCGCAAUGGGUACUGGCUGGUCUUGAGCUGUAUAAAGAACAUGCUUUCUCCAGUUGAAUAUCAGGUGGUUUGUUUCCUCUGGCUUCUUAUGGUGUGUCUGAGUAAUGGUGGGAUUCAGAUUGAUAUGUGUUAUUGUGAUUUUCUACCUCUUUUGAUACGCUGGCAGUGCACUUGUUUGUAUUGUCCUGAUGAUUCUUUUUUUGCGGGUCUUUUGUGUAGUUUUGAGUUGCGGUGGAAGAGUUUUUUUCAGGGACAGAUGCGCUUGGUUAGCUGUGGAGGAAUAUAUAUUUAUAUGGCAAAGAGUCACACUGAGCAUAGGGCACUGGUAUCAUGGCCUAUGGGGCUCUCAGAUGGAGGUUGGCACCUUAGGAAGCGUAUGGAAGAUAUGGCACUGCAUAGCUUCUGUAAAACAUAUACGAAUCCAUAUAUGGGACAUCAGUCUAUGGAGUGGAGUAUUUAUGGCAGUUAUGACCUGAGAAAGGACAACUUAAAUUACGCCAAGCAUUACAUUUCGGUUGUGCUCUGGCGAAGGGAUUUAAAAAAUCUGCAGAUGCAAAUCAAGUGCCUUGAUGAUCGGAAGACUCUGUCGGCUUAUAUCCUUGUUUGCAGAGUUACAGCUUCUGUAAAAAUAAAACAUUUCUAUGAUCUUUGUGUGGAGAUUUGGUCUUCCAAAGAUAAGAUAUGUUGGGUGAUGGGCAUGCAUUGUUUUCUUUUUCUGGAUUUUGGACCAUUUGUUUCCAAUGAUGUAGAAAUUUUGGGGUCUCUCUCUAUGCUGGGUGUUUGGUCUCAGAUGUUUUUGCAAUUGAUUAUAUGA